GGUUCCAAUUCCUCGCGACGACCAAAUCUCCAAUUUUUGUCCAUAUCGCCUCUGCAUUUUCAUCAUGUCUCGCGCUGCGAAGCUCACAUUAACAGCUACCUCUCUUUCAGCAAUUGGCAUUGUAAUCUUUGUCCAUCGUGCGCAACAGACUGAAAAGGCUGCAAUGCAUGCUGGCGUUAUCCGAGACUACGAACAGCAGCGAGUGAAGAAGGAGCGGUUACUGGAUUUCGAGAUGCAAAAGGCUCUUGAGGAGGAAUACAGGAAGAUUCAGUCUGUUUCCGACGGCGGGCGACCGGCUGCACCAGACACUGCGAAACGAUAA